AUGGCCGAAAACGACCCCAAUACACCCGCCCUGCGCAAGGAUGGAGUAAUUGCCCAGGCGGACCGAAUAGGACCCAAGCUGGUCGAUAAAUCAGAGAAGUUGGAGGAGAAAUAUCGAGGAACCAAGGGAACCGACAGUGCCGAAAAGAAGGAGAAAGGCCCAGCUGGCGGGUUCGAUGACACACCUCUGCCCAAAGCACCGCCAGGAUAUACCCUGAAGAUUACAUUCCACAAGGCCGAGAACCUACCAUUUUCCGACUUUGGCACUCUCUCGUCGGAUCCAUAUGUGCUGGCGGUGAUCCGUACAGAGCUGCCCAAGAGGCACAAGCAAGACCCGGAUCUCAAGCUGAGGACGCCCACGAUCCAUCGCACCACGGACCCGGAAUGGGAGACCGAGUGGAUUGUCGGCAAUGUGCCAGCGAGCGGGUUCCAUUUGAAGUGCAGAUUGUAUGAUGAGGAUCCGUCAGAUCACGAUGACCGACUGGGAAAUGUUCACAUUGAUGUUGACCACGUGGACGAAAACUGGAAAGGGUUCUCACACCAGAAGUUUCAGUUGAAGAAGCGCAUGGGUAGCAAAAGAGCAUACACAUUCCGCGGAUGCGCCGCCUUGAUGUCGCGCAGAGUCAAAAUGAACGGGAGCCUCAUUGUCAGCGUGGAGAAUCUCGGCAGGACCAGUGCAGAGGACGGUGGUCGCAUAUACACAAUCGGUCCAUUGCCAUGGAGUCAGCAUUUCUCUCCUCUGAUCGGGCGGAUAGCAGGGACGAAGGACACGGCACAAGGCAAGGACGGAAAGGAGGUUCAGAAAUACAAUUUCCAAUCCGUGCAGAUGCAGCUGCGUGGACCUGUCCCGGCAGAUCUUUAUCACCGAUAUGUCGAAUUCAGACCCUUUGUCGCCGGCAUGUUUACUGCCCAUACUCUCCGAGGUCGCCUGCUCAAUCGCGCGUUGCACCAUCAACACGCUCGAGUCUACAACUACGACAAGACUACCAAGUAUGGUAGCUUUCGAGAGCCCUGCCCUGAGAUGACCAAACUGUUUCUCGACCUGGUACACUAUGACGAAGGGGGUCGCAUCUUCACAUACGUCUUGACGUUGGAUGGGCAAUUACGUUUCACAGAGACGGGCAAGGAAUUCGGGAUCGAUUUGCUGAGCAAACACACCAUGCACAGCGACGUGAGCAUCUACAUCGCCUUCAGUGGCGAGUUCUUCAUCCGCAGAAUCAAACAUGGAAAAGCGCGCAAGAACGAUGACAGUGUAGAUCCCAACGAGGACACGCACCCUCCUUCAACGCCACCAGAUGAGGAACGAGACAACAUCGGCACAAGCAGCAUCGCCGGCGGUGACUCCAGCCACGGAAAUGACGCAGGGCCUCUGGCAAACGGCGCGACCACCUCCGAGAGCAAAGAGCCCUGGCACUAUGAACUCAUCAUUGACAACGACUCCGGGACGUACCGGCCCAAUGCGGCCAAACUCCCCCUGCUCCGCAGCUACCUCUCCGAAAACUUCCCGGGCCUCAAGGUUCGGACCCUCGACUGCCAGGCCGAUGCGGAGCUGCAGCAGAAACUGAAAUCCGAGCAGCGGGAAAAGAAGAAGCAAGCCCGCGGCGGGAAACAGGUCAUGUACCUGCAAAAUAUGAGCUUGAGCAGCCUGAGCUCGGACGAGGAGGAGGAGCUAGCCGAGCGUGCCGCUGCGGGCGGCGAUGGCCAAGUCCACGAGAGCAUGUAUAAGAGGGAGAUGCACAAGUUUAUGGAUGGAGGUCGGGACCAGCACCACGGUGACGACGACGAUAACGAACAAGAUCCAGGAAUUCCCAGUAAUCAUGAGAAGCAGGAGAAAGUCAACGGGAACCUCGCUGGUGCAGAAAAGGGUAAAGAGAAGGAUACGCCUGCGAACGAGCCCAUCUCUGCUGGGACAGAGAAGUAA